GGGGUGUCCCAAUAGGGGUGGACUGCAACUCACUUACCUACCUGCUGUUUUGUUCCAGAGUUACAGGCGCGAAAGAAAGAAAACCGAAGAAAGACGGGGCUGAGACGAAUAGGCGGAAGACCGAACACCCUGCGACCCUCUGCCGUCCACGCCGCGCGUCCAGCCGGUCUAGGAGCUACGUCAUCGGCCGACGGCCGUCCUUCCUCUCCGCCUCUCUGGGCUCUGCCUCCAGCGGACCAGCUCUGGCGCAGCGCAGUUUGCAAGGUAGCAUGCCUGCGCCAUGUACUGGAUUUUAGAUGUGGCAUUGAAAAUCAUAAACCAGAAAGAAGGAUGACAGAAAUGGAUGGGCAUAUUUUUUAAGGCUCUCUCCUAAGGUCCCCUCCAAUAGCUGGGGUGUAACACCGUCAUAUUUAUGUGGAAAGAUAGAAAGGACAGGGUGAAGUAGAAAAGCUGAAGAGUUGCAUUUUGGCCCUUGUAUAUCCAACUGCUAUCCAUUUUAAGUUGCAAUUUUACUUUGACCCAUCUCACAGUCUACCGCUAUUUCGAAGCAGCAGCAGCGAGUGCGUGACCAUGGCUUUGACAACUACAUGGAGGUGGAGAAGAAAAUACGCAAAGUCCUGAAAUUCCAAGACCUAAUCCUCACUUGGACGUGCUGUCACGCAGGAUUGGGUUCAAACAACAUGAAGUAGCAAAAUUCAUUCUCAAAUUCCCCCACAUUUUUGAGAUAUUUGAACACCCAGUUCAGAGGAUUCUCUAUUGCAGGUUCGCUCGAAAGGCUCAGUUGCAGAUGUGUCAAGAAAACGAAGCCCUUUUGGCUCAAAUCCCAGAUGCCAUCACCAGGCUAAGAAAGCUUCUGAUGCUCUCAAACACGGGUCGACUCCGGCUGGAGCAUGUUCGAAUUGCCCGGAGAGAGUUUGGGCUGCCCGACGAUUUUGAGUACUCGGUAAUUCUGAAGCACCCUGAGUAUUUCAGAUUGUUUGAUGGCACAGGAGAGAGUAGACACAAGUACAUUGAGAUUGUAGAGAGAGACCCAAAACUGGGGGUGUGCUGUAUUGAGAAAGCAAGGGAGAAAGAGUAUAGAGAGAAGGGCGGGGAGGCUGAGAAUAUACCGUUCUCGUUUAUUGUGAAUUUCCCUCCUGGUUUCAAGAUUGGGAAGUACUACAGGAAUGCAGUGUGGAAGUGGCAGAGGUUGCCUUAUUGGUCUCCGUAUGAGGAUGUCUCGGGGUAUGAUUGUAGAUCUCUUGAAGCGCAGAAGAGGAUGGAGAAGCGGGCGGUUGCCACCAUUCAUGAGCUCUUGUGGUUGACUGUUGAAAAGAAGAUAACUUUAGAGAGGAUUGCACAUUUCAGGAUGGCCAUGGCAUUGCCAAAGAAGUUCAAAGACUUCCUCCUUCAGCACCAGGGCAUAUUUUACAUCUCCACGCGAGGGAACCAUGGGAAACUGCACACUGUGUUUCUCAGAGAGGCUUAUAAGAGAGGAGAGUUGGUUGAACCCAACGGUCUAUAUUCGGCAAGGAGGAAGCUGGCUGAGCUGGUACUGUUGAGUCCUAGGAAAGCACCCAAAGUAGUGGAUCAUGAAUUGGUCAGUAGUUAUGGUUGGAGAGACGAUGCCGAAGCAGCAGCUUAUGUUCGAAGGGAGGACGUUGAGAAUGACAGUGUCACAACAACGCGUGGUGUUGAUAUGAGAAAUGCUGGUUCCAGUUUAGUCGAUGAAUCUACCGAUGACAUGGAUCCCUUAGGCUCUGUUAGUGAUGAUGAUGAUGAUGAUGACGACGACGACGACGACGACGACGUUAGUGAUGAUGACGAUGAUGAUGUUAGUGAUGAUGAUGAUGUUAGUGAUGAUGACGAUGAUGAUGUUAGUGAUGAUGACGAUGAUGAUGUUAGUGAUGAUGAUGAUGUUAGUGAUGAUGACGAUGAUGAUGUUAGUGAUGAUGAUGAUGUUAGUGAUGAUGAUGAUGAUGUUAGUGAUGAUGAUGAUGAUAUGAUGAUGGUGAUAGUUGUAACGGGGUUGAAUAGUUAACCAAGAACUGACUUAGAUACCAACAUGAUGAUCAUUUAAUCAAUCAAUAAAUUACUUAAUUAAGGCCUUUUUCCAUAUUUUUAAGAGUUGACUGGGGAUGCGAGUUCAAAAAUCAUUUCAGCUGUCAUUUCAACGUACAACAAGAUACUCCGUAUUUGUAUGUGAUUGAGUGAUGAUAAAUGAGUAGGAUUGGGCUGUAAGGCUUCCCGCAACCCGAACCCUUUGACCUCCACCGCCGCUUUCACCGUCCGUCGCCACCGUCCGUCGCCGGUCUCCGAUAGCUACCUCCGUCGAAGACUCUUCGCCGUCCUCUUCAUCAAGGUUAUGUGUUCUAAAUUUCAAUUACUUUUCAUUCUUAUUUUUAGUAUUUGAUUUUCAUUCCAAAAAUGCAUGUUAUUAUUAAAGUGCAUGCUCUUUUGUUAAAAUACACUCAAAUGCAUGAUUAUAUACAUGAUUUAGUUUAUAUGCUCA